CCCUGCUCUCUGAUUCCGAGUCGUUCGGGCCUCCUCCUCCUCUUCACGCUCCUCGUGCGUUCUCUCUCUCUCUCUCUGUUUCUCUCUCUCUCCUUCGAGCUCCGUCUCCUUCGAUCCAUCCUCUUUUGCUUUUUCUCGUCGCGAUUUGUUUCUAUCUUCUUUAAUUUUUUAAAUAAAUCCUUGUUUUUUUCUUGUUGAAGUUUCGAUCUCUUGAUCGUUUCGAAGGUACAUUUCUCGCAAUUUUGCUCUUAAAUUUCCGAUUAAACGCCGAUUUCGAACGAUUUCUGGAGAUCCCGACACAAUGUGUGCCAUAGAUUUCUCGUCACAUUCGUGAUUUAGAUCGGCAAUCAAUCGAUCAUUUGAGAAAUUUCGUGUGAUUCCCCAAAUUUUUGCGAAUUUUAGAGCUUAGUUUUCCGAUCCAUUUAGAUGUAGAUGGAGGGGAACGCACCCUUCUCCCCCGAUCGGAUCUGAGCAAACCCUAACCCUAACCCUAACCCUAGAAUCGGGCAAUGGCGCGCGGCGCGCGGCGUCGGGAGCUCCUCCGAUGGAGCAAGCUCUACACGUUCUCCUGCCUCCGCCCCUGCGCUUCCCCCUCGGACUCCGACGCCGCCGCGCAAUCCCUCGGCGGCCCCGGAUUCUCCCGCGCCGUCCACUGCAACCAGCCCCGGAUCCACCGCAAGAAGCCCCUCCGCUACCCCUCCAACUACAUCUCCACCACCAAGUACAACAUCCUCACCUUCCUCCCCAAGGCCGUGUUCGAGCAGUUCCGCCGCGUCGCCAACCUCUACUUCCUCCUCGCCGCCAUCCUCUCCCUCACCCCGAUCGCCCCCUUCUCCUACGUCAGCAUGAUCGCGCCCCUCGCCUUCGUCGUCGGCCUCAGCAUGGCCAAGGAGGCGCUCGAGGAUUGGCGGCGCUUCGUGCAGGACAUGAAGGUUAACAGCCGGAAGGUCAGCUUCCACAAAGGGGACGGACAAUUCAGCUACAAGCAUUGGCAGAAGAUUCAGGUAGGGGACGUCGUUAAGGUCGAAAAGGAUCAGUUCUUCCCCGCCGAUUUGCUUCUGCUCUCGUCGAGCUACGAGGACGGCAUUUGUUACGUCGAGACCAUGAAUUUGGACGGCGAGACGAAUUUGAAGGUCAAGAGGGCUUUGGAGGUGACACUCCCGCUGGACGAAGACGGGACUUUUAGGGAAUUUAAGGCCAUUAUUCGGUGCGAGGAUCCGAAUCCUAGCUUGUACACCUUCGUCGGUAAUUUCGAAUAUGAGAGACAGGUCUAUGCUCUCGACCCGAGUCAGAUUCUUCUCAGGGAUUCAAAGCUUCGAAAUACUUCCUAUGUCUAUGGAGUGGUCGUUUUCACGGGUCAUGAUAGCAAAGUCAUGCAGAACGCGACCCAAUCGCCGUCCAAGAGGAGUAACAUUGAGAGGAAAAUGGACCGUAUCAUUUAUAUCCUGUUCACGCUGCUUGUGUUGAUAUCGCUGAUCAGCUCGAUCGGCUUUGCCGUGAACACCAAGUUCGGGAUGCCACACUGGUGGUAUUUGCGACCAGACGACACCUCAAACUUGUACGACCCGUCGAAGCCUGUUACUUCCGGCGUCUUCCAUCUCGUCACGGCACUCAUUCUUUAUGGGUAUUUGAUUCCGAUCUCACUCUAUGUUUCCAUCGAAGUUGUCAAGGUUUUACAAGCUAUGUUCAUCAACCAUGAUCUGCAUAUGUAUGAUGAGGAUACUGGAAAUCCCGCUGACGCACGGACCUCGAACUUAAACGAGGAGCUUGGCCAAGUCCAUACAAUUUUAUCGGAUAAAACGGGCACUUUGACCUGCAAUCAGAUGGACUUUUUGAAGUGUUCCAUAGCAGGAGUUUCAUAUGGCCGGCGUUCUAGUGAAGUCGAAAUAGCUGCCGCAAAGCAGAUGGCUUCAGAAGCCGGGGAAAUCGAUUUAGAAGACAGGAUUUCAUUUACAGUUGAUAUUGCAAAAAAGCCCGCAAUAAAAGGUUUCAGCUUUGAAGACGACCGACUCAUGCAAGGAAAUUGGAUAAAUGAUCCUAGUGCCGGUACUAUUCUUAUGUUUUUCAGGAUACUUGCUCUCUGUCACACAGCAAUUCCCGAAAUGAACGAGGAAACUGGCAGUUUUAGCUACGAAGCGGAAUCACCUGAUGAAGGGGCCUUCCUGGUUGCUGCAAGGGAAUUUGGUUUUGAGUUCUGUAAGAGGACUCAAUCAAGCGUCUUUGUUAGGGAGAGAUAUGCCUCUUCUCAGUACCCUGUCGAAAGGGAGUUCAAGGUUCUCAGUCUAUUGGAAUUCAGCAGCAAAAGGAAAAGGAUGUCCGUAAUUUUGCGGGACGAAGCUGGGCAAAUUCUUCUUCUUUGCAAAGGAGCGGACAGCAUCAUUUUCGAUCGACUAUCAAAGAAUGGAAGAAUGUACGAGGUUGACACUACUAAACAUCUAAGUGACUACGGGGAAGCAGGCUUGCGUACACUUGCACUGUCAUACAGAGUACUGGAGGAAACAGAGUAUUCUGCAUGGAACACCGAGUUUCUUAAAGCAAAAACUUCUAUCGGUCCUGACAGAGAAGCCCAACUUGAGCGAGUCUCUGAUUUGAUUGAAAGGGAACUGAUCCUUGUGGGUGCAACUGCUGUUGAAGAUAAACUACAAAAAGGAGUUCCUCAGUGUAUAGAUAAAUUAGCUCAAGCUGGUCUCAAAAUCUGGGUUCUGACUGGUGAUAAAAUGGAAACAGCAAUCAAUAUAGGAUUUGCAUGCAGCUUACUUAGGCAAGGCAUGAAACAGAUAUGUUUGUCCACAGUGAACGGUGACUUAAUCUCACAAGAUGCAAGAAAGGCUUUGCUUUUAUCUUUGACGAAUGAGCAGGAAGCAAAGGAGAAUCUUUUGCUGCAAAUAACUAAUGCUUCACAAAUGGUCAAGCUGGAAAAGGAUCCUCACGCAGCAUUUGCCUUGAUAAUCGAUGGCAAAACUUUGACGUAUGCCUUGGAGGAUGAUAUGAAGACCCACUUUUUGAACCUAGCAAUUGAUUGUGCUUCUGUCAUAUGCUGUCGGGUCUCUCCAAAGCAGAAAGCACUGGUCACUCGACUGGUUAAUGAAGGAACGGGCCAAACCACUUUAGCUAUAGGUGAUGGUGCAAAUGAUGUCGGCAUGAUUCAAGAAGCUGAUAUCGGUGUUGGUAUCAGCGGCGUGGAGGGAAUGCAGGCCGUGAUGGCUAGCGAUUUUUCUAUUUCCCAAUUUCGUUUUCUUGAGCGGCUGCUUCUUGUUCAUGGUCACUGGUGCUACAAGAGGAUUGCGCAGAUGAUAUGUUACUUUUUCUACAAGAAUAUUGCUUUCGGCCUCACGAUAUUCUACUUUGAGGCAUACACUGCGUUCUCCGGCCAGUCAGUAUAUGACGACUGGUACAUGAUCCUUUUCAAUGUCAUCCUCACCUCAUUGCCCGUGAUAUCGCUCGGAGUCUUUGAGCAAGACGUUCCUUCUGAAGUCUGCUUACAGUUCCCAGCCUUGUAUCAGCAAGGACCGAGAAACCUUUUCUUCGACUGGAAUAGGAUUUUUGGUUGGAUGGGCAAUGGUCUCUACUCAUCCUUAGUUAUCUUCUUCCUCAACAUCGGCAUCUUCUACAAUCAGGCCUUCCGCCCAGAAGGCCAGACCGCUGACAUGGCCGCCGUGGGGACCGCCAUGUUCACUUGCAUAAUCUGGGCCGUCAACGUCCAGAUCGCCCUCACGAUGAGCCACUUCACAUGGAUUCAGCACCUCUUUGUGUGGGGCAGCGUCACCACAUGGUACCUUUUCCUUCUAGCCUACGGAAUGACAUCGCCAUUGAUUUCCGGAAACAACUUCCAGAUUCUUCUAGAAGCCCUCGGAUCGGCCCCGAUAUACUGGUCUGUGACCCUUCUAGUUACUGUUGCUUGCAACCUCCCAUACUUGGCCCAUAUCUCCUAUCAGAGAGCAUGCAAUCCACUUGAUCACCAUGUUAUUCAGGAGAUUAAACAUUACAAAAAAGAUGUAGAGGAUCAGAUUAUGUGGAAACGGGAGAGUUCUAAGGCGAGGCAGGAGACUAAGAUUGGUUUCUCCGCGAGGGUCGAUGCUAAGAUCAGGCAGCUGAAGGGGAAACUGCAGAAGAAAGUCUCAUCCUUGAGCAUUCAAACAGCUACGUGAGACCUUCUUGUCGAUUUCUUUUGCUCAUUUCAUAGCUCAAGCUGACCUUUUAUUUUGUUUUUACACCUCGAUUUUUUUCAUUUUUUGCCGCGAAAGCAUAGGAUCCUUCUCAUGCAUUUUACGCAUUGAAAUUCCAGCCUUAUAUGCAAGCCUUGUACAAAACCAAUAAUAUAUUGCUCAUUCGAAGAUAUAUAUAUGGGAGUAGUUGAGAAUGUA